AUGGCACUAGAGACUAGGGCGGAGCGGAGGCAGCUACGGGAACAGAACAAUGCUGCAUGCGAACAUCAUCAGAACCCAAAUGAGGAGAACAGAAAUAAUCCCGACGGGAUAAUAGUUUUGGGUACUUAUAUUCAUUGUGAAGGCUGUGGAAAUCAAGUCCUCAAAUGUCUUCGUGGAUUCCAAGGUGUUGAGGGGAUUGAAAUUGAUAACAAGAAUCAUAAGGUGAUAGUUAAGGGAAAAAGUGCUGAUCCCAUCAAAGUGUCGGAGAGGUUGAGGAAGAAAACUGGGAAGCAUGUGGAACUAAUUUCUCCUAAGCCUAUGAAAGAAGAGAUUAAGGAGGAGGAGAAACCUGAGCCCCAGGUGAUUGAGGUUGUCUUGAAAAUUUAUUUGCACUGUGAGGGCUGUGCCAAAGAUGUGAAGCAUUGCAUCCAUGACAUGGAAGGAGUGCAAAUUGUGGAUCCAGAUAUGGAGAAGAAUCUGGUGACGGUGAAGGGAACCAUGGAUGCGCAGAAGCUGGUGGAGUUCAUCAGCAGGAGAGGGGGACGGCAUGCGGAGAUUGUGAAGCAAAGCAAUCCUAAGGGAAGCAAUAACGGUGAAAUUGAAGGCAACAAGAACGAGACGCAAGAGGAGUGCUGCGUCGUCCAUCACUAUCCUACAGAUCGACUUGUUUACGCGCCUCAGUUAUUCAGCGACGAGAAUCCUAAUUCUUGUUCGGUCAUGUGAAAGGUCUAGUUAAGGUUUCACUAAGAGGAUGGAUGAGGAGUUGGUUGAGGUUUUGUUGGACGUUGCUUCUUUUAGGAUUUGGUGUGAUCUCCAGCUCGUUUCAUGCUAAGAAAUGAGAUGGUACAGCUUUUGUUUUAGGACAAUUAUGUAGGUAGUUAAAGUGCAGUUGUCUUUCUUUGUUGUGUGAUGAGUGUUUAUACGUAUGGAACGAAGCUAGCUGAGUGGUGAACUUGGUGCUUUUUCCUUCUUAUAUACUGAUGAUGAUUGAUCUUCCUCUUGAUGUAUGUUGAGAGACUAUGUUUAUGUAGAUAUAUCACAAA